AUGGUUAAAGUAAGGAAAACAAAAAAGCCCACAUCUGCGCUUAACACGCAAUCACUUCCGUUCAAUACAGAGAAGGGCCAGCACAUCUUGAAAAAUCCUGGUAUUAUUAAUUCAAUUAUUGAAAAGUCCGCUUUGAAAUCUACGGAUACUGUUCUUGAAGUUGGAUCAGGAACUGGUAAUUUGACGGUAAAGUUGCUAGAACACAGCAAGAAAGUGAUUGCUUGUGAAAUUGACCCACGAAUGGUUGCAGAGUUAAAGAAACGAGUCCUAGCUACACCACUACAAAGUAAACUGGAAGUUCGUAAUGGUGACGUUAUGAAGACACAGUGGCCAUUUUUCGAUGUUUGCGUGGCGAACUUGCCUUACCAAAUUUCCUCUCCGUUUGUUUUCAAGUUGCUGUUACAAAGGCCAUAUGCGGUGUUAUUGUUUCAAAAGGAAUUUGCUGAUAGGUUAAUAGCGAAGCCUGGUGACAAGGAUUACUGUCGAUUAUCAGUUAAUAUUCAAUUGUUGGCUAAGGUAGAGCAUCUUAUGAAAGUUAAACGUACUGAGUUCCGUCCUCCACCAAAAGUCGAUUCAGCGGUUGUACGGAUAGCUCCUAAAAAUCCUCCACCGCCAAUCAAUUUCGAUGAAUGGGAAGGAAUGCUUCGAUUGUGCUUUUUGAGGAAGAAUAAAACAUUAAUGUCAAUUUUCAAGUUAAAUAAUGUGAUUGAACUCAUAGAGAAGAACUAUCGAAGACUAUGCAGUUUGUUGAAUAAGCCAUUACCAAAAGAUCUGGACGUUAAGAAACUUGUUGAGGAUACGCUCCAAGACGCUGGUUUUGCUGAUAAACGUGCACGUACCAUGACAAUAGAGCAAUUUCUUGCCCUUCUUCUUGCAUUCAACAAAGCAGGCAUUCAUUUCCAUUCGUAG